AGUUUUCUUCAUCGAAGAAGAAAAUCACUUUCGUUGGCAAGUGGUAGACAACAUUUUACAGUGGUUCUAUUUUUCUUGUUCUGUUUUUUAAAAUAUAUUGGCAGCUUCGUUUAACAUAAAUAAGCAUAAAUAAUAUAUGUGAGUUGUACUGUACAGGGAAGCUGAAAGAGAACGAAGUAAAUGCAUAGGUAGGGAUCUCUUGCUUUCACCAAUCCAGCAUUUCCAAUGGUGAUGACUCAUGAAGGAAAGAAGAUGAUGAGAGGAAUGUGCUAGUAGUGCAUCAUUAAUCCAUUUGUUUAUUUACUCAUUUGUUUAUCCCAUGACUUGAAUUAGUAUAUGGAUUGGGACUAUAACCCUGUGUUUUGUCCUCCUAGACCCAGUAGAGUUCUUCAGACAGCGGAACCAUGGCAGCUGUGGGGACAUGGGGUUUCUCUCAGCCUUCCGUGGAGAGAAUACGGUCCCUGAUUACUGCUGGAGGACACGCCACAGAUGCUGUAGAGGAGGCCAUGGCAGAUGUUGAAGAUGAUCCAAAGACUGGGCUUCACAUUGUGGGGAGGGGAGGAUUCCCUAACAGUGGGGGAGUGUUGGAGUGUGAUGCUGCCAUCAUGGAGGGCAUCACUGGCAGGUUCGGGGCAGUCGCAGCACUACGGGGGGUUGGGGCUCCGGUGCGGGUGGCUCGUAGGGUGAUGGACAGAAGCCCCCACAGUCUGCUUGUUGGGGAGGGAGCAGUAGCUUUUGCCAGGGAGCAGGGCUUUACUAUAGAGCCCAAUGACAACAUGCUGAGUGCACACUCAGCCAAGGCUUACCAGGAAUUUCUGAAACAGAAGCAAAGUGUCAGUGGACAUGACACACUUGGACUUAUAGCGUUAGACAACAUGGGGAACAUAACUGUUGGAGUUUCUACUUCAGGGGCCCCCUUCAAAUCACCAGGGAGGGUGGGAGACUCACCCCUACCUGGAUGUGGCCUAUACGCUGAACACAUGGUGGGAGCUGCGGCAGCCACAGGUGAUGGUGAUAAAAUAAUGUGUCAUUGCCCAAGCUUCCACGCUGUUCAACUGAUGAAACAGGGGUCAUCACCCAACAUGGCCUGUUACUCUGUCCUGGAUGACAUCAUCAGAAGGACUGCCCCGGACAAGUGCUUUGAGAUUGGACUCAUCGCCCUGAACGUGAAGGGUGAAGUAGGGGCUGCCUCUUCAGUGGAGUUUCCCUACACAUUCUGGAUCCAGGGGAAGGACUAUGUGGAAACAAGUACUCAGCUUCCAAAUUCCACAGAAAUGGAGGGCACAGAAAAAUGUGACACAUGUACAGUAAAAUAA